GGGGGGGGGAUCUCAGGAGGGGGUGGGGAGGAAAGAUGCCCUGGUGCCCAAACCCUGGAGAGCGAAUGCAGCUGCGGGAUGACGAGCCCUGCAUUUGCAUCCUGCCUUUCCUCCAAGGAGCUCCAGGUGGCGAGCGUGGUUCUUCUCCCUCUCCAUUUUAUCCUCACAACAGCCCUGUGAGGGCUGGUAACACCCCCAAUUAGAACCGUCUUUGCCGUGAGACAAAAAUUGGGAGUGGGGGAAAGCAAUCCCCUUGCAGGAAUAGGAGGCUUCCUUAGAGCACAGAUCAAAGAUGGACAACACAGAUUCAGCCAGCCCUGAAGAAGGAAGAGAUCCCGAUGCCAUCAAGAAUGCGAGCGGUGGGGGAUCCUGGGAAAGAACUGUGCAGAAGAUCCUGGGGGAAGGUACCAGCAGCUCGGUUGUCCAGCAUCAACACUUUCGCCAGUUCCGCUACCCAGAGGCUGAGGGCCCCCGAGAGGUUUUCCGCCAACUCUACAACCUUUGUCGUCUGUGGCUGAAGCCAGAGCAGCACACAAAGAAUCAGAUUCUGGACUUGGUGAUCCUGGAGCAGUUCCUGACCAUCCUUCCACUGGAGAUGGAGCGCUGGGUCAGGGAAUGUGGAGCGGAGACCAGUUCCCAGGCGGUGGCCCUGGCAGAAGGUUUUCUCCUAAGUCAGGCAGAGGAGAAGAAUCCGGAAGAGCAGGAACAGGGUCUGUUUGUAGAAGUGGACUCUGAUUUCUCCAAGGCGGAGAACGCUCCAUCAGACACCAGACACACUCCCCAAGGAAGGGGCGUCAUGCAGGAGAGUGACGGAGGUGCCAGGUGGCAGGGCAAUGGAAUGAUGUCGGAAAUACAUCUCCAAUCAUCUCUUGUUUGUGGCGGAUGGGAAAUGGCUUCUGGGCAACCUGAUCAGAGUCUGGUGACCUUUGAGGAGGUCGCUUUGUAUUUCUCUGAGGAAGAGUGGGCUCUGCUGGAACCUAACCAGAGAGCUGUGCACACAGAGGUCAUGAAAGAGAACCGGGAGCUCGUGGCUUCUCUUGGUGACAUCCAGGAUAUGGAGAAUGUGGGAGACCCACGUGGGAGUAAAUCCUUUCCUUCCAAGGGCAAUGACUACUAUGCAAUUGCAAUCCAAGGAAAAACAGGCACAAGAAAUGAAAAGAACAACUGCCAUGUGUAUCAGAAAAGAUUGGAUUCUAACUCAAACCAUAAAGCUCUUUGCAAAAUCCACACAGAGGCGCAGCAGUUUAAAUGCAAGGAGUGUGGAAAGAAUUUCAUUUGGAGGUCACAACUCAGUAGACACCAGAAAAUGCACACAGGGGAAAAACCAUAUAAAUGCUUACAGUGUGGAAAGAGCUUCAGUCAGAACUUUCACCUCACUUCUCAUCUAAAAAUUCAUACAGGAGAAAAACCAUAUGAAUGCUUGGAUUGUGGAAAGACCUUUAGUCAGAGGAAUGACCUCACUUCUCAUCAAAGAAUCCACACAGGGGAGAAACCAUAUAAGUGCUUAGAGUGUGGGAGGAGCUUCAGUCAGAGGAAAGACCUCACUUGUCAUCUCAGAACGCACACAGGGGAGAAGCCAUAUAAAUGCCUGGAGUGUGGGAGGAGCUUCGGUCAGAGCUCAUACCUCAGUAAACAUAAAAGAAUUCAUACAGGGGAAAAACCAUAUAAAUGCCUGGAGUGUGGAAUGAGCUUUAGUCACAAUUCGUCCCUCACUUACCAUCAAAGAAAUCACACUGGGGAGAAACCGUAUCACUGCUUGGAGUGUGGGAUGAAUUUCAGUCAGAGUUCAGCCCUCAUGUACCAUCAAAGAAUUCACACAGGGGAGAAACCAUAUCAAUGCCUGGAGUGUGGAAAGAGCUUUCGUGUGAGACCAAGCCUCACUUCUCAUCAAAGAGUCCACACAGGAGAGAAACCAUAUCAAUGCUUGGAGUGUGGAAAGAACUUCCGCUUGAGCACAACCCUCGCUUCUCAUCAGAGAACUCACACAGGGGAGAAACCAUAUAAAUGUUUGGAGUGUGGAAAGAGCUUUGGUGCAAGAAAAAGCCUCACCUCUCACCAAAGAACUCACACGAGGGAGAAACCAUAUAAGCACUUAGGACAGGGGUGGGGAAGCUGUGGCCCUUCAGAUGUUGUUGGACUCCCAACUUCCAUCAGCUCCAGCCAGCCUGGCCAAUGGUCACAGACGAUGGGAGCUCUAGUCCAACAGCAUUUGGAAAGCCCCACAUUUGCUGUUCCUAGCUUACAGUGUAAGACCAAGCCUCUGUCAACAUCAUAAAAUUCACACAGGAGAGAGAUAAAUAGACAUGCUUGGAGUACGGAAUGAGAUUCACACUAAUAAAACCAAUAUUUCAAAUUGGAGAAUCAUUCACUGUAUAAAUGAGUGCAGGAGAAAAGCCAUAUUCAUGUACUAUAGCAAAGUCAGCAAAGGAGCUUGUCUUACAAUGUAUUCCAUUGGUAUAUAGUGAGAAAUAUUUAUAUCAGAAAGUAAUUAUAUAUACAAAGUGUCUUCCAAAAAUUCAAACUGAACAUAAUUUUAUGUUCUUUUUUUCUAAUAUAAGUCAAUUCUGAUAUCAAGAACUAUAGGAAUUAUAAGCAUAUAUUGUCAUGUUGCUGUUUUAUAACAAUUCUCCCUUAUUGUUGUGUUCAAAUUUAUGUGCUCUGUUCCACAAAAUUUCCCCACAUUUCCCCCCUCUAUUUGGGGCCAAUUUUGUCAUUUAACCUUUUUGUGUCCCAGUAUCAUAUUUCAAGAGCAACUUGUAGAUUAUCAUUAGCCAUCAUAAUUAAGUCUUCAAAUUCUGUUGAUUCUGCGAGGCUGUAAUCCUAACUCCCAAUCUACUCUGCUGGAGGAGGUUAGGAUCCAGUCAGUGUCUUCCGUGGGGUGGUUUCUGCCAAUGGAGUUCCACGCUUCAGAGGUCAGAGAAAGUACAGCAGAGGCAAUAUUACCAUCAGCAGCGUUCUCCCUGGCAGUAGCCAGAGACGCUGCCCAAGUAUCUCCUGGGUCCUAUGCUAGUCCAGUCCUCAGAGGGGAGGUCUGAUCUGGACAUCUGUGCUGCACCAUAACAAAUGGGGAAGAAACACCCACCACCACCCUCUCCCACCCUGGCUAGUACGAGUGGCAGGGCUUUGGUUAAGGCAGUGGCAACACUGUUCUGUUAUGGCCCGCUGCUCCCCAGUCAAGAGAUUGGAGUGCUAUAGUACAAAUUUAAGUUUGAAACCAAUAGGCCCCAUUUUUUUCCAUACAGAAUUUGCUUUACUUUUUGACUUUUCAUUGUUAUCAGUCAAAUUUUGAGAAGUUUGCUGCCAUUGGUUAAUUUGCUGAAUCAAAUGUCUCCACUGGCAAAUAAAAUGAUAAUUGUUACCAAAACUAAAAUGUUUUAACUACAGAACCCGCUUGAAAAAGAUACAAUUUCUCACAUUGUUUUAUUACCAAAUUCCUUAUAUAGUAUUUCAGAAUUAUAUAUAUAAAUUUACUCAUAUUAUUAUUAUAACAAGAUAUGUGUUUUCCCCGCAACUAUAAUAAAAGUUGUCUUUUAUUUGCUUUCCAAAUCUGCUCUCAUA